AUGGCGCAGGUGCCCCAGACGCCGCAGGCACGGCGCGAGUCCGAGACGACGUCGUCGCGGCUACCUGUGCGCACGCCGCAGGCACGCACGCCGCGCGCGAGUCUGCUCCCUCUGGAGAACCUCGAGAAUAUUCCGCGCGAUGCACACUUGCCCAGGCACAAGACGGCCGAAGAGGUCGCGCGCCUCGCCGAGGCGCGCCUUGACGAGCUUCGGAAGGAGAAACAUGCGCUCCAGAAUGAGCGCGAGGACCUCCGCACAGACAUUCAACUGGGACGCCAGCGCGAGCUAAAGCUCCGCGCACAGAUCGAGAAGCAGGACGCGAUGAUUACUCGGUACAAGGAGCGCGCGGUGCACAUGAGCAAGGCGCAGCUCCAGCAGCGCGCGUUUGACGAAGCGCAGGAAAAGCGCCAGAAGGCCGAGGAAGAGGCCAAGGCACACGCUGAGCGGUGCGCUGAGCUUACGCAGGAGCUCGACGAACGCCAGGCGAUGCUCGAUGAAGCACGGAGCGUGGCGGAGCUUAUGCAGCGCAACUUGCGUGCGCUCGCACAGACGGCCAGCGCACUCCUCCAAGCACGGCCUACGCCCGCCUCGCCCAAGUCGAUGGUCCGCGAGGUGGUGAUUGACCGCGCUGCUGCAGACGUGCAGGCACACCUCGCGGCGACACUCGCACAGCGUGACGCGCUCAUGGACGAGCUCAAGGAUGCCGAAGGACGCGCGCAGUCGCUGCAAGCGCACUGCGAUGCAUUGGAAGAGCUCGCCGCGCAACACGACGAGGAUGCCGACCUCGACGCGGAGCGCAUUGCACGCUCACGCCUCGCCGAGCAGUGCGCGAGACAGGACGCUGCCUUGUUCGAAUCCAAGUGGCACUCGGCUGAGGACCGGUGUGCAUGGCUCGAGGCACAGCUGGCACAUACGCAUGCCGUGCAUAGCAAAGUCCUCAGCGCCUUGCGCGCCCAAGAGCGCGGCAAGACGCAAGAGGCGCAGGCGUCGGCCGCCGAGCUCACUGCCGAGCUACACCAAGCAAAGAAGCAAGUGGCGCACCUCCAAGACGAGCUGGAGCGCGUUGCGUGGUACGAAGAAGCCUACGCCCAGCGUUCGCGCCAGGCCGAUCUGCUUACCGAGAUUGCCGCCCUCGCCGACGAGGACGCCCAGUCGAAACACUUUGACUCGCUCACGGCACACAUUGAUGUGCUCCACUGCGAGCUGGAGACGCUACGUACAAAGCGCGAUGCCCUCGAAGAACAGACCGUGCAGUGGCAGCGUGGCCUCGAGCCAUUCGCCGAGGCGCAGCCUGCCAAGCGGCGGCGUGCCGCUUCCGAUGCAGGAAAGUAUGCGUCGCUCGAGCGCGCGCCGUCGCCACGGCCGCAUGCGCCAGCCCACUCCCGCCGCCACGCUUUGCCUUUUGUAAAAGAUGCGUAG